GACACCAGCACUCCUCCGACGAACCCUUCCACCGCAGUCACAUCAAGACUCGAACCUCUACCUCUCAUUUCCUCUUUCCCAGAUUCUGUUCCCCUCGGAGCAGUAAAAAGAAAGAUUUAGUAGAAAAGGCUUCGCCUUCUGUCUCGUCUCCGUGGUAUUGCCCUUCGCUUGGAAGCUUUUUGAUGGUUUCCCACUUCCGAGCCAGUCGAUAAAUUUUUGUGCCAAGGUCUUAUUUUGAUUCUCGAUUUCGACUCUUUAGGCGAAUCCACAAUUUGGGUACCUCUCCAAUCUCACAGAAAAGUUCCAUUUUUUCUGGUUUGAAUGUUGUGAUGCUAGCUGUACUGUGAUGAGAUCAGGGUUCUCUACCUUUGGUUGCGGUUUUUGUAAUCUUAGUGUGCACCUUUGGUAUCUGUUUCUAUUCUGAAUAUAUAGUGCUCAAUUUAAUUAAUUGGGUAUUGCGGUGGGAGCUGUGCUUUAGGCCUCUUAUUUGGAUGAAUUAAUGAUAGGAAAGGAAUCAUCUUUUGGGGCUUCUUGAUUGAUAUGAGACUCUUUCGUUUGGAUUUAGAUGAAUAUAUGUGGUUUUAGAGUUCAUUGAUUUCUCAUACAAUUAAUCUCUGUUUGAGAAAGGUGGUUCCUUUUUUCAGUUCUGGGCUCGCUUAAAUUUGCAAGGCAAGUGUUUGAUUUAAUUCGUCAGUAGGGUUGAAAGAGUUAUCAAGAUAAAAUUAGUGUUCUUUGCAGUAGAGAAACGGAUGCAGCGAGGAUGGAUGAUGGAGGAGUAGACCUUUCUAGCCUCCUCCUGUUGCCGAACCCUGAGAUGUCGAACACCUUUGAUGAAUUCUUCAGAAAAACUAGGACGUGCACCCACACCCACACCUGUAACCCUCCAGGACCUGCAGCUGCCACACAUACACAUACAUGUUACCACACUCAUACCCAAAUGUUUGCCACAGCCGAAGAAGAAAGAGAAGGAGAAAAAGAGCAGAAGAAACCACGGAAGCCAUUUGGGAACAGAGAGGCUGUUCGGAAGUAUCGGGAAAAGAAGAAGGCCCAUGUAGCUUAUUUGGAGGAGGAGGUUAAGAAAUUGCGCCUUGUGAACCAGCAGCUCUUGAGGAGAUUGCAGGGGCAAGCAGCUCUCGAGGCUGAAGUGGUUAGAUUGAGAAGCCUUCUGGUGGAUCUUCGAGCAAAAAUUGAUGCUGAAUUGGGUACUUUUCCAUUCCAGAAGCAAUGCAGUGGUGCUGGUUUAAGGUGUAAUAACCCUGCACAGUGUUUCGGUGGGAACGGAGAGGUGGUCAGUUGGGAAGGGAGCUGUGGGCCUGCAGUUGUGGAUUAUAAGACCAACCUAGAUGGGGAUAUCGAGAAGAACUUGGAAAUUGCUAAAGCUGUGAAUUCAUUUGAUGUUAUGGGGGGUUUCAUGUCAUCUGCUUCCCAAGCUGAGUGAAUUGCAUAGCUGAAACAGUGGGGUUUGAACUCUUGGACAUCUUGCGAUUGUCUUGACUCUCAUAUAAUUUCUGAGUCAUCUUUUGAACUGCUUUGUCACUAGUGUCGAGAGCAUCCAGAAGAAAGAGUUAUAGGCAAGAAUGAUAGACCUAUUACAAGAAUAAUGUUCCACAAACGGCACAUGCUUCCUGCCCAUGAUAUGUUUUUGGAAGCUUUCUAUGUACAUAAUAAUCUAAUCUCUUUCUUGGGAUAAAUAUACAUGAUAUUCAUAUAAUAAAUCAUCUUUUGGUGGUUUUUGAGAAA